AAGUGGUAAUGCCGGCAAUGCUCCAAAAAUUUCUGAUCAGAAUAUUCCCAAGUCCUUACUGCGGAUCAUGCACUUCACUCAAACGCAGAGAGUACCAAAAAAGCCAAAGCUCAAUGAAUUCAAGAUCUUCACAAAAGAAGACCGAAAAUGUUUUGUCAACGAUGUUGCACUGCGGAGUCACCUCCGGCAUCUUCAAAGAACUGCUAUGGAAGAAAAUGAAAGAAUAAAGAAGGCAGAGGACCUGCAAGAGAAGAUAAGUGCAAAGAAAGAAAAAGUGCAGAAAAAAAAAGCUUUGCAGUCACGAAAACCUGUCAACGUGAAAGACUUGUUACAACUUAACAAGCAGUGGCGAAAACAAGAGCGUUCCGAGAAAAAACAAGUCAGAAAGAUUAUUCACUCUAAAAAGAAGAAGAAGACUUUACUUGACGCGGAGGAGGAAGACUUCGCUCAGGACUUGAAGGGAUUCGAAGAGGUCCAGUUCGGGGAGGUGGCGAUGCGGCCGCCCAAGCUUCCUUCCAUUGCCAAAAUUGUCGAGAAAUCCAAGAAAUGGACAAAUGUUAGGAAAACUUCGCAGCACGAGUGAGAUCUGAAACUGGAAUUUCGAGGAGUAAAAGAAAUUCGCGAGUAAAAAAUUCGAGGAGUAAAAAAAACUAUGUUUAAUUACCCUAAUCAAUAUUGUACGUUACAAGCUCCACGUAAGUUCUUACUGAAGCAACGCGAAAUUAACUGCCAGUUUUGGCAAGACCUCAACGAUGUUGUUGCCAAGCUAACUGUUAAUGUUGCAACUAUGCUAAGAAUACGUAUUAGUGUCGAUCAACACGAAAUUUUCGGUUUCUUAUUAGAAUAUGGUAACUGCUGCCAUCAAUCAUGUUAGUUGAGUAAGCUCGUGCAAAAAAAUGUGCGUUUUGGAAUGUGAUAUUAAGGCAGGAAAAAUAAUGCGCGAGAGAAGA